AUGGCGUCUAGUAGCUCAAUAGCGUACGCUGAAGCAUGGCUACCCGGUCCCGGAGAACACCAAUUCUACACCCGUACGUACCAGGCGACCGGGACGGCUCGCGCGACGGUUGUCUUCGUGCACGGCUUUGCGGAACACGUUGGCCGGCACGAGCACGCACACCGGUACUGGCAAACCAAAGACAUCACCGUCUUCACCUUCGACCAGCGGGGCUUUGGGAGGACGGCGCUCGACGCGGAGCACAAGAGCAGGGAUGCUGCGUACGGGAAGGAGACGUUUGAGGACCAGAUGCGCGACAUCGAGUUCUGGGUGCAACACAUGAAGAAGGAGCAUCCUGACCUGCCGCUGUUCCUAGUCGGCCAGUCCAUGGUACGUGGCGGGGGUCUCGUGCUGUCGUUCCCCACCCAGUCAAAGCCUCCGCCGGCGAAGGAGUCGGUUGAACUGCUCACAGGGGUCAUAGGCAUGAGCCCUUUGAUCUCCCAGACCGCGCCUGUCUCUAGGCUGCUGCGCAAGGCUGGCGCAGCAAUGGCAUUACUCACGCCGUGGCUCCCUUUCCCGGCGGAGGUUCCUCCCGAGGAUCUAUCCCACGACCCUGCUGUUUGCAACGCGAUCGACCCAGACCCCCUCAUCAAGAAGCACGGUACAUUUAGGGGCCUCGCCGACAUGCUAAGCAUGGGCGAGCACCUCCUGUACGAUACGUACAAGAACUGGCCAAAGAAGUUGCCGGUUCUCUUGUUACAUGGCACUCAAGACAAGGUUACGUCACACAAAGCGUCUGAGGAACUGUAUGGCAAGCUCGAUGCGGAAGACAAGAAGCUGUCGUUAUACGAGGACGCGUACCACGAGUUAACGAACGAGCCCGACGGCGUCAAGGAGAGGUUCUGGGACGAAUGCAUUGCGUGGAUCCAUGCUCAUGUCCUAGAGGCGCACGCCGAGACGGCAAGAUUGUAG